UGCGCGCAUGCGCCAGCCCUUCCGGGCUUCUGCCCUCAUUCUCUCCUCCCCCCGCCCCCCCCCGUCCCCUCCCGCCCCCGCCAUGGCGACACCGGGGGGCCUGAUCCGGGCCGCGCGCCGCGGGACCCUCGCCCAGAAUAUGGUUGUGGAUCGGAUUUUCUCUGGCAUACAGCCAACUGGGACACCUCAUCUGGGUAACUACCUUGGAGCCAUUCAGAACUGGGUGAAUCUGCAGGAAGAGUACAGCUCAGUGCUAUACAGCAUUAUGGACAUGCACUCUCUCACCAUGCCGAAGGAACCAGCUCUCCUGCGUCAAAACAUACUGGACACCACUGCUGCCAUCCUAGCCUGUGGGAUCGACCCCAAGAAGUGCUUCCUGUUCCGACAGUCACUGGUUCCUGAACAUGCAGAACUUGCAUGGAUUCUUGGGUGCAUAACCAAUGUGCCACGUUUAUUGCGCUUGCCCCAAUGGAAGAUGAAGCGUGCCAGCCAGAGUAAUGGUGGAACUGUUGGUUUGUUGACUUACCCUGUGCUUCAAGCAGCAGAUAUUUUGCUGUACAAGUCGACACAUGUUCCUGUUGGAGAAGAUCAAGUCCUGCACCUGGAACUAGCCCAAGAUAUAGCACAACAUUUCAACAAGAAAUACGGAGAAUUCUUUCCUGUGCCCAAAGCCAUUUUAAGUACAACAAAGAAAAUAAAAUCCCUCAGAGAUCCAACGGUGAAGAUGUCUAAGUCAGACCCACAGAAGUUAGCUACUGUUAACAUAGUGGACAGCCCUGAUGAAAUAGUACUGAAAUUCCGCAAAGCUGUGACUGACUUUACCUCUGAGGUGACCUAUGACCCAGCCAGUCGCCCUGGUGUCUCUAAUCUGGUGUCCAUUCAUUCUGCAGUAUCGGGACUUAGCAUAGAAGAAGUGCUACACCAAUCUGUUGGUCUUGACACUGCUCACUACAAAAUGGUGGUAGCAGAGUCAGUUAUUCAAAAAUUUGCACCAAUCAGGAAUGAAAUCAAGAAACUCCAGGAGGACAAAUCCCAUCUGAUAAAGGUUUUAGAGGCUGGAGCAGAGAAAGCUAAAGAACUGGCUACCCCCAUCUAUCAAGAAAUAAGAAGACUGGUGGGGUUUCAGUAGAAACUGCUGAGUAGUUCUCAGUAGGUUGUGAGACAAGACUUUUGUUUAACUUUGAAUUUUACAACCAAGCUCUUGAUCUCAUAGUCUUUUGGUGACUGAAUGGCAUCCGAAGUAACAGAAAAUUCUUUCUUGUCACAAAGAUUCUGUGCUGAUUCUCACCAUCUUUUCUGUAUGUUUUUGUUGUUGAUGAUUGUUUUUUGUUUUAGUAUUGAUUUUUUGGAUGUGCUAAAGCUCAUAUUAUGAAAGAUUUGACAGUAUUUAUUUUGCUUUGUGCCCAUGAAAAAUCAUUCGACCUGCAACACUUCCAUAUUGUUAUGCAGAGACCACAAUUUGAUGAUUAUUUUGCUUUUAGGCAGCUUUGUUUUCAACAAUUAUUUUAUAUAAAAUGAAAUGCCAACCUACACCGAGAGAUGAGCAUAAUUGCCCAGUUGCAAUAAACAGUUAAAAAUCUGGGUAGAUUUUACUACUGUAGUAAAUCGCUGUCACAGAACACCAUGACUUGAAGAUGAGAUUAUCCACUACAUGAGUGGUCUCAUACUGCCCGUGGACAUUAAACUAAGCACUGAGCUCAAUGUCUGUUGUGCUGUCAUGCUCUCAGCACUCCAACGUGGCUGUGAGGGAGGAACGGCAAAUCUAUGCCACACCAGAAGGCUCGAUCAGUUCCAGAUGUGCUAUAUUUGGUCUAUAUGCAAGAUGAAAUGUCAGGACAAGAGUUCCAACACUGAAGUCCUUACAAGUUAUUAAAAGUUUGGUAAUAACAGCAUGCUUGUAAAAGCCUGGGUAUGGGAGCUUGGUCAUAGUCUCAUUCAUAUGGCUGACAUGACAAGUCACAAGUCUGUGAUGAAGUAAGCCAUCUGCUUCCUUUAUACAAUCAGUGUAAAUAAAGACUGUGUGAGUUUAAUCUGAAGGGUUAAUGGAUUAACUCCCACAGUUGGGAAGCAGCAGCUUACGACAGGGUAAGGUGGAAUCACAUCCCUCUUAGUGCCCUACAUCAUCCUGAAACAAGAUGCUCACAGUUCACGUGGGAACUUCAGGUUGUGUAAAGCAGAAGCACAAGAUCCUGUAUGGACAACAUCAGUUGUCCCACAUGUUCUCCUAAGCAUGUCUUCAGUCAUAGUCUGGAUUUAUUGUCAUCCAUCCACAUGAAGCAAUAGUCAGGUGCUGAUGAAGUCAAUGAAACUUCUGUUAGAGGCAUUGAACAUGUGUUCUUUUGCUGUCUUUGGUGAAAAUUUCUUUCAUGAUAUCCCACCAUCUACAAAAAACAUAUUGUUAAGCUAAGUACAGAUGAGAUUUAUCAACAUUGUUACUCUCUGAUGUUACCCAGUGUUUCUGGUGUAGGUGGUCUCUGAUUUCAUUCACCCUGCUUACCUUCAUGUUUCAUUCCCUAAACCAUACCCCUCUCUGAGUAAAGAAAGAUCUUGAAUAUUACAGAACUGACUUUUUACUGUGACUGGAAACAGUUUUUCAGAUGUAUUUCAAGACACUCUUCAUAGUGUUUGCUGAAUGAAUAACAAAGAUCUCAAGUAGCUCUUGGACUGAGCGCUCAAGCCAAGAAAGAUCUUCGUGAGUGGGCUGGGGCCUUCUUUGCCCACGUUUAUUCCUUCAAUGUCUGUCUGGCAGAUGUUCCUACAGCAAGAAU